AUGACAGCGGACGACGAGGUGUGUGAUUUCGACCCCUCCGACCCGUCUCCACAUCAGCUGCAGCAGCAGCAGCAGCAAUUGCGCGGGCACGCAGAGCCCGACAGCUCUGCCUCAGAAGAAGUAAACAUGCUUCAUCCGCCGUACACCGAAGACGCUGCAGGAGAUAGCAGCAGAGAUGACAUAGGGUGGGCGUUUACUGAUGAGUGGAUGCCUCACGCUGCAGACAUGGGAGACGAAGUCCAGCAGGAACAGCAGCAACAGCAGCAGCCGCAGCUGCACGAGCAGCCGCAGCAGCAGCAGGAGCAGCAGCAGCAGCAUUUCUGGGAGAAGCCGCCUAAGGAGUCAGCAGCAACAUGGAAGGCCAGUGCAGCAGCGCGCUUUGUCUUAAGGAUGCAGGCAUUUGUCUCUCGCAUCAUAUCGAGCAACUCAAAUUCUUUGUUAGAUAUCAACAGCAAAUCGAAACAAAAAGAAAGUAAAGUCGCUCAAGAGAAACAGCACGAGGUUAUGAUGGCUUUUCAUCAAAGAGAACAUACAUCAGAGUUGCUGCAGUAUCAUUUCACAAUUUUGCUGCUGGCAGUUGCUGUCGCCCUCGGCACUCAAAAUGCGUUGGCCCCAAAUUUAUCGCGCAUUGCGGAGACAUUUCAUUUUAGUGAAGCAGAAAGAGACAUUCGAGUGGGAGGCGAGCUUGCGUUUUUGUAUUACACCCCGGGGUGUAUCGGGUCGAUUGCCGUGGGGCUUUGCACGGGGUUGUUAGAUAAAAAUAAACUCGUGUCGGCUGUUCUUCUUUUAGCAGGGCUCGCCUCUCUUUGUACUUUCUUCGUUACUGCGUACUGGCAGCUCGCCUUACUUCGUCUGGCUGCGGGGCUGGCUAGCGGUGGCGUUCAUCCGUUAGCAUAUUCGUGGAUAGGCGAUUGGUUUACGCCUUCUUUGAGGUCUUGUGCUUCUGCUUUAGUGCUUGGGGCUGCUGGUUUCGGGGCUUUCUGCGGGCAGUGUUUAGCAGCAUUAUUAGGAGCUAUAGACUGGCGAUGGGUAUUUCUUAUUCUUGCUGCUCCUCUACUCUUUAUGGCGCAGUUUUAUUACAUUGCUAACGGCAGCCUCACCCAGCAGCAGUACCAGCAGCACCAGCAGCACCAGCAGCACCAGCAGCAGCAUCAUCACGCUUAUAUGCAUGCAAAUCAUUGCAAUAACAGCAGCAGACAUCUCGCAGGAGAAGAUAAUUCUCAUAGCAGAGGCCUCAACUUCAGCAGCCUCAAGGCUAUGGCCCGCUCCAAGACAAAUUUGCUUAUGCUUGUUCAGGCAUUCCCAGGGAAUGUUCCUUGGGGUGUAUUGGUUGUUUAUCUCCACGACUUCUUGCAAACAGACGUCGGCCUCUCUGAUAGCAUUGCUAUUGCAGCUAUUGUUGCAGUUGCUGCUGCUUCUUUCUGCGGCAUGAUUGUUGGGGGUAUAAUUGGAGGUCAGCUGUAUGCACACAGCGGCCGUCGUCUUCUUCGUUUCUGCGCAUUCACUUGCAUCCUGAGAUGUAUUCCUUGUGUAAUGAUCUUUGCCUUCCCAGCAAUAGUAGGGAGGGCUCCUCAGGGCGCCGCGUUAUUAGGAUUGUUGGCUUUGUUGCUGGGUGCUGCAUUUGUUUCAACAUUAUCAACAGCAAAUGUUGGUGCUGUCUUACUCAACGUUAGAGGCACUAUUUGUGCUAUUUACACUGUGCUAGACGAUAUAUCAAAAGCACUAGGGACUGUUUUGGCGUCAGUCUUAGCAGCUUUUGUAGGCUCUAGGGCGCUGGCCUUCCAGCUGUCUAUGAGGGAUGAAGACGCAGCAGGUGCAGCAGCAGCAGCAGCAAGAACAGCAGCAGCAGCAGCAGCAGCAGAAGAGCAUACGGGGAAUUAUAUUUAUAUUGGGGGUACCUCGUCUUUCGCAAGGGCAGCUGGAGGUACUUGCAUGGUUUCUUUGAAUGCUUGA